GGAGGGAAGCACGGAAAAGCAGGAACCCGGCAGCGGGCGAGGUGCCCGGGCUGUGUUUACCAGGCCUGCAGCGUUCUCCGGCGCCCAUCCCCCAGCUCCGAAAAGCUUCCUGGAAAUGUCCUCGUUAUCGCUUCCCCUCCCGGGCUGGGGGCUGGGAGCGGGCGGUCCCCUCCGCCCCCGGCUGUUCCGCCGGGGCUCCCGGCUCGCAGGCGCCGCCGCGCAGCACCGCCCAGACCCAGGCGCACGGGCUGGCAGCUCCGCGGGCCGAGCGCUCGGGCCCCGCCGUGCCUCCGCGCGCUUCGAAAUGAGGGUCCUGGGAGGGCGCUGCGGGGCGCUGCUGGCGUGCCUCCUCCUGGCGCUUCCCGGCUGCGAGGCAAACUUUUUGUCAAAGCAACAGGCUUCACAAAUCCUGAUUAGGAAGCGUCGUGCAAAUGCUAUGCUUGAAGAAACCAAACAGGGUAAUCUUGAAAGAGAAUGCAUUGAAGAACUGUGCAAUAAAGAAGAAGCCAGGGAGGUCUUUGAAAAUGACCCUGAAACGGAUUAUUUUUAUCCAAAAUAUUUAGUUUGUCUUCGCUCUUUUCGAAGUGGUACAUUCGCUGCUGCACGUCAGUCAACUAACGCUUAUCCUGACCUAAGAAGCUGUGUCAACGCCAUUCCAGACCAGUGUAGUCCUCUGCCAUGCAAUGAAGAUGGAUAUAUGAGCUGCAAAGAUGGAAGAGCUACUUUUACUUGCAUUUGUAAACCAGGUUGGCAAGGAGAAAAGUGUGAAUUUGAUAUAAAUGAAUGCAAAGAUCCCUCAAAUCUAAAUGGAGGUUGCAGCCAAAUUUGUGAUAAUACACCUGGAAGUUACCACUGUUCCUGUAAAAGUGGUUUUGUUAUGCUUUCAAAUAAAAAAGACUGUAAAGAUGUGGAUGAAUGCUCUUUGAAGCCAAGCAUCUGUGGCAUAGCUGUGUGCAAGAAUGUCCCAGGAGAUUAUGAAUGUGAAUGCCCCGAAGGCUACAGAUACAACCUCAAAUCAAAGUCUUGUGAAGAUAUAGAUGAAUGCUCUGAGAACAUGUGUGCUCAGCUUUGUGUCAAUUACCCUGGAGGUUACUCUUGCUACUGUGACGGGAAAAAAGGAUUCAAACUUGCCCAAGAUCAGAAGAGUUGUGAGGCUGUUCCAGUGUGCCUUCCCUUGAACCUUGACACAAAGUCUGAAUUACUUUACUUGGCAGAGCAGUUUGCUGGGGUCGUUUUAUAUUUAAAAUUUCGUUUGCCAGAAAUAUCCAGAUUUACAGCAGAAUUUGAUUUCCGGACAUAUGAUUCAGAAGGCGUGGUACUGUAUGCAGAAUCUAUCGAUCACUCAGCCUGGAUCCUGAUUGCAGUUCGUGAUGGAAAGUUUGAAGUUCAGCUUAAGAACGAACAGACAUCCAAAAUCACAACUGGAGGUGGCAUUAUUAAUAAUGGCGUGUGGCAUACGGUGUCUGUGGAAGAAUUAGAACAUAGUGUGAGCCUUAAAAUAGCUAAAGAAGCUGUGAUGAAUAUAAAUAAACUUGGACCCCUUUUUAAGCCUGAACAUGGAUUUCUGGAAACCAAAGUAUACUUUGCAGGAUUCCCUCGGAAGGUGGAAAGUCAAUUCAUUAAACCGAUUAACCCUCGUCUAGAUGGAUGUAUACGAGGCUGGAAUUUGAUGAAGCAAGGAGCUUCAGGAGUAAAGGAAAUUAUUCAAGAAAAACAAAAUAAGCAUUGCCUGGUCACUGUGGAGAAGGGGUCCUACUAUCCUGGUUCUGGAAUUGCUAAAUUUAUCAUAGAUUAUAAUAAUGUCUCCAGUGCUGAGGGUUGGUAUGUAAAUGUGUCUUUGAAUAUUCGUCCGUCCAUGGGCACCGGUGUCAUGCUGGCCUUGGUUUCUCAUAACAACACGGUGCCCUUUGCUGUGUCCUUGGUGGACUCCACCUCUGAAAAAUCACAGGAUAUCCUGUUGUCUGUUGAAAAGACUGUCGUAUAUCGGAUACAGGCCCUAAGUCUAUGUUCCGAUCAACAAUCUCAUCUGGAAUUUAGAGUCAACAGACGCAAUCUGGAGGUGUCAACACCACUUAAAAUGGAAACCAUCUCCCACGAAGACCUUCAAAAACAACUUGCCAUCUUGGACAAAGCCAUGCAAGGGGAAGUGGUCACUUACUUGGGUGGCCUUCCAGAUGUUCCAUUCAGUGCCGCACCAGCGAAUGCCUUUUAUAAUGGCUGCAUGGAAGUGAAUAUUAAUGGUGUUCUGUUGGAUCUGGAUGAAGCCAUUUCUAAACAUAAUGAUAUUAGAGCUCACUCAUGUCCAUCAGUUUGGAAAAAGACAAAGAGUUCUUAAGGCAUCUUUUCUCUUCUGAUAAUACCUUUUUCUUGUGUAUAAUUAUAUGUAUGUUUCAAUAACAGCUGAAGGGUUUUAUCUGUAAUGUGCAGCUUUUGAUUAUUUUGUGGUUCUUUCCUGGGAUUUUUGAAAGGUCCUCUGUCAAGGAAAAAGAUUCUGUUGUGAUAUAAAUCACAGUAAAAAAAAAAAAAUCUUACUUCUCUGGCUGUCUAGAAAUAGUGAAACAGCAAUUUUAAAUUUGAUUUUUUUGCCUACAAAUGACAGUUUCAAUUUUUGUUUGUAAAGCUAAAUUUUAAUUUUAUCAUCAUGAACUGGUGUCUAAAUAUCUAUUUUCUUUAGAAGGCAAAGAAGUAAACUCAAACAAAAGUGCAUGUAAUUAAAUAUUAUUGACGAUAGGUAGAUGCUAUUUGGUUGGUUUUUUUUUUUUUAUGAUGAAAGCAGAAGAGAUGGUGGCAUAUUAAAUCUGAAUUGAAUGGAGGGUCUUAAUGCCUUAUUUCAAAACAGUUUCUCAGGGGACUAGCUUUGGCUUCAUCUUUCUCUUGGAUGGCUUCACAUUUAAACCAGUAUCUUUAUUGAAUCAGAAAACAAGUGGGACAAGUUUUCCUGAGAGCAGCACAGUAAUCUUGCGUCCUGUGAAUUGCAGUCUGUCGGGAUGAGACAUCAGAUUAUGUUGGAUAGGUGUGGAAAUCUGAAGUGGGUACAUUUCUUAAAUUUGGCUGUGUGGGUCACAUAAGAGCUACUUUAGAAAAGACAGAAUUUAGGGAUGGAAAGGAGAAUGAGCAUAUGUGGGAGUUUAUAGUUUUCCUUGAAUCCAACUUUUAAUUGCCAGAGUAAGUUGCCAAAAUGUGAUUGUUGAAGUACAAAAGGAGGUAUGAAGCCAGAAUAAAUUUUAACAAAGGAAUAAACCACAGAGGAAUAUAGUGAAUAUUGUGUCUUUGUAAUCAAAAGAAGUAAGGAGGUAAGAUUGCCACCUACCUGCUGGUACUGUGAUGCAUUUCAAGUGGCAGUUUUAUCACACUCGAAUCUACUAUUCACAGCUGGGUGUAUAUCAGAUGUUUCACUGACAGUUUUCAAAAAUAAAUUCUUUUCACUAUAUUUUAUAUCACUUGUAAUAAAUUGGUAUAUAAUUUUAAAAUGCAUGUGAAUAUCUUUAUUAUAGCAACUAUUUGAACAAAACACAAAAUUAUGUAAUAGA